GGCUGGGACAAUAGACCAGACAGAACAGAGGCUUUAAGAACGCAUCCUAGCUGAAGCAGAGACUCAGGUGCAACGAUGCACGGCAAGAGUGUGGUCCUCCGGAGCUCUGGAACACUGUCAGCGGCUGAGCUGGCCUGUCAGGUGGCUGAGAGGAAUACGGCACGGAAGGAGUCCUUCACUGCUGAAUGGAAAGACCUGUCUCUCACUACAAGGCCUGAAGAAGGCUGGUCUCGGUUUGAAGUGGACAAACGGCGCAAAGAAACCUACCGCCAACAACAGGAGGCUCGAGUCAUAGUGCAACGGUCACCUUGGGGUGUCCUCCGCCUGGGUUUGCUAGGUGAACCUCUGACCUCCUACCACUUGCCAUAUCAGCGGGCCUUGCCCUUGCCCAUCUUCACUCCUGCCAAACUGAGUGCCAAGGCUGAGCGGGAAUUCACACCCACUCCCUCAGAGUCUGUGGAGUCACUGCCAGUGACAGGCGUGUGUUUUGACAAGAAACCUCUGGCUGAGAUCACCAAGGAAUUGCCCCUCGUCAUCCAGCCCAGCUGCCCUGACUUCAAGAAAGCUGGUCUCCCACGCUCAUUGUCCCGCUCCAUGUCUCAAGAGGCCCAGAGAGGCUGAGGCCAAUGUGACAUGUUGUCCCCUACAAAAAAAAAUCAAUGGUUCCUUAUCAGGAACUGGCUUGGGUGCUUCGGGCCUCUGUGUCUGUUGCUGCAUGAGGACCAUCUAAAGGGGCCCAGAUACGUAGAAAAGAUUUGGUAGGACUGAAUCCAUCGAGACAAGCUCCUUUGGGAAGGAGCAGAGACUGUGAUUGUAUCCAUGUUAGUUUCACAGCCCAGAAACUUUGACUUUUGGGGAUUACAUAUCUCAGAAUCCCCCAGCUAGCUUGCUGGCUGAGGACAUUCUGGAAGUUGUAAUCCAAAAAAGAAAAAAGUGAAUUUUCCAAGCUCUGGCUAUGUUUAUACAAAUAGAUGUACAGUGUCAUGCACUUCUAGUGGUUUUCUUUACUAUGUAUUUUUUAACAGUCAAGAGAGUAGGUAGAGCCCAUUGUACUUGAAGUGGAAAAGGCAGGCAGUAAAACAAAUACCAAUGAAUUGUUUGAAAAGAACUCUCUAAAGUUACACAAUGAUAAUGUGAAAUAAAUUUUUAGGCAAAGGGGUUGAGGUAUGGAAUGAUGGUUGGGUUUCUGGAUUUAUCAGGAGAGAACAAGGAUAGGGUUCUUUCCAAGUUCUCUAAGGGGAAGAAGGCUGAAUGGUUAGAAGCAUGUGGGAAAAUGUGAAGGAUGCUGGUGAUGUUCUUGGUUAUGUUGCUGUUCUUGAUUAUGUAGUGGUUUUACAGCAAGAGAAUAGUAGAGGAGAGAGAGGCUAACGGGACUAGGUUUAGCAGUGACUUCCAGGACUCAAUCCCCUGCUACUUGCCAGUUCUAUCAUUUAAUACAUGAGACUGUUUGUCACAGUAAGAUGUCCCAGGAGAUCGGCAUGUGCCAUUUAAAAAGAGGAGCCACUGUGACUUGGCAAGUUGAAGGCUGAAGGGUUUAGAGAAAUGGCAAAACAUUUUAGCCUGGACAGAACAGCGUAUGCAGAUUUGGCUUUACACACACACACUCUACAAAUUUAGCCAAGUAGAUUGGAGAAUUCUGGUGUGACUGUUUCCAAACACCCUGUAGUUCUUGUCCUGUGUUCUUCUUGUAAAGAACAUUAAAAGAUCCAUUGUAGUAAAAUGCUGUAUUUUUAACUAUUGUAUUCUUAUAGAAUAAUAAAAUGAGGGAAAUGAUCAAA